CCCGGCAAAAACCCAGCUUAAAAAACAGAACUUUAUUUCAUUUAAUUUGCGGGGUUUAUCCGAAAAGAAUUGUGAGAGCUCUCUCGUGUUUGGUUUGCUUAUCUAUGGCGUCUUCCAUCUCCACCUAUCAUCAACACCAUCUUCUUUCUCCUUCAUUUUCUUCCAAAAUUUCUGCCAGUUCCAACCGUCUUUCCUCUCCAUUUCUUACUUCAUCUUCUUCUGGGUUGUCUUCAAAGUUCAAUUUCUCUCUUCGGUUCCUCACCAAUGGCCAAUCUUCCUCCCUCAUCUCUCCCACUCCAAGGCGUCUCAGUGUUGUUUCAAUGGCCCCUCCUAAAGCCAAGCCUGGUGGAAAAGCCAAGAAGGUAAUUGGGAUGAUAAAGCUUGCUUUGGAGGCUGGAAAGGCUACCCCAGCUCCUCCUGUAGGCCCUGCUCUUGGUUCCAAGGGUGUUAAUAUUAUGGCCUUCUGUAAGGAUUACAAUGCCAAGACAGCCGAUAAGGCUGGCUAUGUUAUUCCAGUUGAAAUUACUGUUUACGAUGAUAAAAGUUUUACUUUCGUGUUGAAGACUCCACCUGCUUCAGUUCUUCUUCUCAAGGCUGCUGGAGUUGAAAAAGGAUCAAAAGAUCCAAAGGGAGAAAAAGUGGGAAAGAUAACCAUUGAACAGUUGCGUACGAUUGCUGCAGAAAAGUUACCAGAUUUGAAUUGCACAACCAUUGAAUCUGCAAUGAGAAUCAUAGCAGGUACAGCAGCCAAUAUGGGAAUUGAGAUUGACCCUCCUGUCCUUGAACCUAAAACGAAGGCGCUUGUGUAGUCAUUUGGGAUCAAUUCCUCUAUUCUUUCACCUUUUUUUGUAUGCUUUAAUCUAUUCGAGGUAUCUUACUUUUAAAAAGAUUUACAAAUCCACAAUCAAGCUUCCUACUUCUAUAUGGUUCUUAUGCUUGACCUCACUUAA